GCGGGAAUGAGGUAAAAGCGGGAGGGGGCGGCGAGCAGGAAAUUCAGCGCCAAAGCUGCCGUGGGGGGGGAAGAGAGCGACGCGAACCCGUCUAGUCUAGGAGCAGCGCCACCUCCCAGCCCUAUGGCGGAGACCAAGGAAACUCAUGAGGAACAUGACACCUCAACUGAAAACGCAGAUGAUUCUAACCAUGAUCCUCAAUUUGAGCCCAUAGUUUCCCUUCCUGAACAAGAGAUCAAGACCCUUGAGGAGGAUGAGGAAGAACUCUUUAAGAUGCGAGCAAAGCUGUUUAGAUUUGCAUCAGAAAAUGAUCUUCCAGAGUGGAAAGAACGAGGAACCGGGGAUGUGAAACUCCUGAAGCACAGGGAGAAGGGAACAAUUCGCCUUCUCAUGAGGAGAGAUAAAACCCUAAAAAUCUGUGCAAAUCAUUAUAUUACACCUUUAAUGGAGCUGAAGCCUAAUGCUGGAAGUGACAGGGCAUGGGUUUGGAACACACAUGCUGACUUUGCAGAUGAAAGCCCUAAACCUGAACUUUUGGCAAUCCGGUUCCUAAAUGCAGAAAAUGCACAGAAAUUCAAAGCAAAAUUUGAAGAAUGCAGGAAUGAGGUAGACAAGGGAGCAAAGAAGGCAGGCAAAGAGAAAAAUGAUAGUGCUGACAAAGUUGCUGAGAAAUUAGAAGAGCUUUCUGUAAAGGAAGAGAGCAAAAAAUCUGAGAAGAAAGAAGAGACCAAGGAAAAAAUUGAAGAGAAGCAAUAAAUCAUCUUGGGCCUUGUGUUUUUUUUUCCUUAAUUUUUUUUUUUUUUAAUUUUUACAAGGGACUUUAUAAAGAACUGAAUUCCAACAUUCAGAUUGUUUUUCUAAGCUUUUGCCCUUUUGAAGAUGUCUUCAGAAAAUCCAUUCCCCAGUCAUGAAAAUGUACUGUGCUAACUUUCUUUUCCAUAGUGGAAACACUUAUUUAUAGUCAUCCAAGAGAGUGAAUAAAACAAAUUUGAAAACAGCA